UGACAUAACUAUGGUUAUAACCAAUUCUUUUCUCAGUAAAAACCUUAAAAUUCAGUUUCUAUAAAAACAUUAAAAUGUUUUCCCAUUACAAAUAAUCUUUAAUAAAUACACACAUAAUAUGAACAAAAUAAUAAGAGAUGUAUUACUACCAUGUAAUUACUAAUAUAAAAUAAUUAAAAAUUUUUUGUAAUGCUGGGGAAAAAGCGAGUAUAAAUUCAAAAAUUAAAUAAAAUGAAUAUUCACAGUGCGGCUGCUAACAUUUUAUGCCGAGGAGUCGAAUUAGAUGGAAAGAAACGAUAUACAGACGCCCUAAUUUGUUAUCAAGAAGGCAUUAAAUUACUUAUUGACUCGCUGAAAGAAGAAACUGGGAAAGGCGGAUAUGUUUGAAGUAAAAUUGAGGAGUACAUGAAAAGAGCAGAAAUAAUAAAAGAAACAAUACAGAAGCUCAAAGAAAAUGGUAGCUUUCAUGAACAAAUUACAAUAGAACAUAAUUCUACAAACCACAGUUACGAAACCGUACUUGGUAGAUUUCUUAAUGAUGAGGUAGAAACUGUUGAUAUUGAGGAUCCUUAUAUAAGAACAUUUCACCAAUGUCAGAAUUUAUUAAGACUUUGUGAAUUAAUUAUUAAAAAGUGCAAAAACAUUAAAUCAAUUCAUAUGGUUACUACUAAAGACACCAAUGGUGACCAACAAAAAUGGUUAACUGAUUUAAAAAGUAAUUUAAAGACUUACAAUACACAAUUUAAUUUUGAAUUUUCAGAAACAUUACAUGAUAGGCAAAUAAUAUUAAGUUCUGGUUGGAUAAUUAAAAUAGGCAGAGGCUUAGACUACUUCAAAGCACCAGAAAAUAAGUUUUGCUUAGGAGUUUAUGAUUUAGAUUUUAGGCCGUGCUAUGAAACAACCAUUGAUAUAUUCCAUUCUAGCACACUGAAAAAGUAGUAGUAAAUAAAUUUUAAAAAAUUAGGUAAACAGAAAACCGAGAAAUCUAUAUUUUGUAUGAAAUUUUAUAACAGUAAAGAACAAAAUAUUAAUUUAUUAUGGGAAUAUUCCUGGGUCCCAAUGAGUAUGUAAAUUUCUUUUUCUAAUAAAUUAUAAUUAAAUUGUAA